AGAUCGGUUGGCCAUUUCUGGGUUUCUUUAGUAGCCGCCGCCGCAAGAAGAACCUUACGAGCUCCAGUCGGCGAGAUUUGCUUCUGCAGCGAAAAUGGGGUUCCAAAUGCAACCAUAUGGUAUUCAAUCGAUGCUCAAAGAAGGGCACAAACAUUUCUCCGGGCUCGACGAAGCAGUCCUCAAGAAUAUAGAUGCCUGCAAGCAGCUUUCCAACAUCACUCGAACUUCGCUCGGUCCUAAUGGCAUGAAUAAGAUGGUGAUUAAUCAUUUAGACAAGCUAUUUAUUACAAAUGAUGCUGCAACUAUUGUGAAUGAGCUUGAGAUUCAGCAUCCGGCGGCCAAGAUUUUAGUUCUAGCCGGAAAGGCUCAGCAGGAGGAAAUUGGGGAUGGAGCUAAUUUGACGGUAUCUUUUGCUGGGGAGCUUCUCCAAAAUGCAGAGGAGCUUAUCAGAAUGGGUCUGCAUCCUAGUGAAAUCAUCAGUGGAUACACAAAGGCUAUCAAUCAGACAGUUAAAAUAUUAGAGGAGUUGGUAGAGAAAGGUUCAGAAACAAUGGAUGUGCGUAAUAAGGAUCAAGCUGUUUCCCGGAUGAAAGCUGCUGUUGCUAGCAAGCAAUUUGGACUAGAAGAUAUUUUGUGCCCCUUAGUUGCUGAUGCAUGCAUCCAGGUGUGCCCCAAGAACCCAGCAAACUUUAAUGUGGAUAAUGUCCGUGUAGCAAAGCUUGUUGGAGGAGGUCUGCAUAAUUCUUCUGUUGUUCGGGGUAUGGUCCUGAAGACUGAUGCUGUUGGUUCAAUAAAGAGAGUGGAAAAAGCAAAGAUUGCUGUUUUUGUCCAAGGUGUUGAUACAUCUGCAACUGAAACAAAGGGUACUGUUCUAAUUCAUAGUGCUGAACAGCUGGAGAACUAUGCAAAAACAGAGGAAGCAAAAAUUGAGGAGCUUAUAAAAGCAGUUGUAGAUUCGGGGGCUAAAGUUAUUGUCAGUGGAGGAGCUGUUGGAGAUAUGGCAUUACAUUUCUGUGAGCGCUACAAACUCAUGGUCUUAAAGAUCAGCUCAAAGUUUGAAUUAAGACGUUUUUGCCGUACAACCGGCUCUGUUGCACUCCUCAAGCUUAGCCAACCCAGCCCUGAUGAGUUGGGAUUUGCUGAUUCUAUUUCAGUGGAGGAAAUUGGUGGUGUUCGGGUCACCAUUGUGAAAAAUGAAGAAGGUGGAAACUCGGUAUCAACUGUAGUAUUACGAGGAAGCACUGACAGUAUAUUAGACGAUCUUGAGAGGGCAGUUGAUGAUGGUGUAAAUACUUACAAGGCAAUGUGCAGGGACAGCCGGGUUGUUCCUGGGGCUGCAGCAACCGAAAUAGAGUUGGCAAGAAAACUAAAAGAGUUUUCUUUUAAAGAGAUAGGAUUGGAUCAGUAUGCUAUAGCCAAAUUUGCUGAAAGUUUCGAAAUGGUACCUAAAACUCUGGCUGAGAAUGCUGGGCUCAACGCAAUGGAGAUUAUUUCUACCCUAUAUGCUGAGCAUGCAGCUGGAAACACCAAAGUUGGAAUUGGCUUGGAGGAAGGUGUCUGUAAUGAUGCUACAGCUAUGAAUAUUUGGGACCUCUAUGUCACCAAGUUCUUUGCUCUUAAAUAUGCUGCGGAUGCUGCCUGCACAGUUCUUCGGGUAGACCAGAUUAUAAUGUCAAAACCAGCAGGUGGCCCAAAGAGAGAUCCAGCUGCAGGGAUGGAUGAGGAUUAGCUUCCCCGAUAGUGGUUUAAUUCAAUGGUUGCGACAGUAAUUUUACAGGCAUGUUCUCUGUCCUGGGUGAGGGAUCCUCUAGUUUCCUUUUUUUUGAGUCCUAACAUGUGGCAGAAAGUUUUGAUUGCAUGAUAGAAAAAGGAUGAACUUCCUUGCGAACACCACUUUGUGAAUUGUUUUGAUGAGAAUUGGUGUUCUGCAACUCCAUGUAUGCCUCGUCAUUCGUGUAAUUUACAGUCAUGACUUCAGUUGCAGUGAGAUUUAUGUUUA